GACUUGACCCCGAAUGUAUGUUUGGUGUUUUGCCGUUGUGAGCUGAUCGUACCCAACAAUGAUAACCAUCCUCCUCUCUUUGUUUACCCUCCACUCCUCUGUUAGCGGGGACUUUCCUUAUACUUGGAGAUGUAACACCACCUCAUCUGCUUGCACUCGGCAACUGAAAGUUGAUGACGAGAGUUUCACGCCCCCGUCCAAGUGUAAGUUGGAAUGUGUCUCAACAGCCAAAGAAGACAAAGGUGCUCCCUCUACCCGGGUGUUGUGGCCGCGUCCUAAAGAGGUGUCCGGGAACUCCGGACAAGCUUCAGCUGUUAAUAUGAGGGAUCUCUCAUAUAAUGGGAAUACACAAAACAAUGUUGGUGCAUCAGAAUUGGACGAUUUAGUCGAAGAUUUGAAAUUAAAAUACACCCACUCUGAUGCAGAUGUUGAGCUAAACUUCUCGUUCGAUGUUGAGAACGGUACUUUGACUGACUUCACGGAUACAGCGGAUGAGAGCUACGAACUUACUGUCUCUACUGACGAGCAAGGAAAUGUUGACGCCAAAGUCAAAGCUGCCUCUUACUUUGGAGCGCGUCAUGGAGUUGAAACACUGUCCCAGCUGGCUCUAUCCGACACAGUGGACAACAGGACCUACAUAGUUAACAGUAUAAAGAUAGUGGACAGUCCUUAUUAUCCCUGGCGAGGACUGUCACUUGAUACCAGCAGGAACUACAUUUCAACUCCUGUUAUCAAGAAGAUUCUAGACGGUCUAGCAGCAGCUAAGAUGAACACUCUGCACUGGCACCUCUCCGACAGCCACAGCUUCCCCUUUGUCAGUAAGACAGUCCCUAAGAUGUCAGAGUACGGGGCGUAUCUUCCUGAUAAAACUUACACUCCUGAAACUGUGAAGGAUAUCGUCACCUAUGCUAAGGUAUCAGGAUAAUUCCAGAGCUAGACGCCCCCGCACAUGCUGGAUAUGGAUGGCAGUGGGGCAAGGCUGCUGGGAAAGGUGAUCUAGUUGUGUGUGUUGGUAAAGAACUGUGGACUGACUAUUGUUUGGAGCCGCCCUGUGGGCAGAUGAAUGUUGCUAACGAGGAGCUGUACCCUGUUUUAAAGGAUAUAUACCAAGACCUUAAAGACUCGUUCCCAAGCGAAUGGUUGCACAUGGGAGGAGACGAAGUUAAUUUUGAUUGCUGGAAAUCUGAGACAUCUAUCACUAACUUUAUGGAGUCCAAAGGGUGGAGUAGUGAUGUAGGAGGUUUUAUGAAGCUGUGGGAUUACUACCAACAGAGAGCGUACGAGCAGCUAAAAGAAGUAACAUCCGAAGACAAACCUAAAGCUAUCCUCUGGUCAAGUCGCAUGACAACAGGUGAGGAGAUAUUGCUCCUUAACAAGGAGAACUAUGUUAUACAGUUCUGGGGGAGCACGGAGGAUGACACAGAAGGACACGUGACACAGCUAAAGAACAUGCUGGAGAAGGGGUACAGGGUGAUAAUGAGCAACCACAACGAACUUUACCUAGACUGUGGUUUCGGGGCCUGGGUGGGCGCAGGGCCUAAUAACUGGUGCUCCCCCUUCAAGUCUUGGCACCAAGUUUACAUGAGUGAUACCAGAGAGUGGAUUAAAGAACAAGGAGUGGAUAUAACUGAGGUUAAAGCUAAGGAACUGAUCCUAGGAGGAGAGACGGCCAUGUGGACAGAACAAACCUCGGACAGUGAUAUUCUUUACAAGGUGUUCCCUAGAACCUGGGCCUAUGCUGAGAGACUCUGGAGUAACCCUGCUAAAGGUAAGGCGGGUGAGGUAGGAUCCUGGGAGGAAGCGGAAGAAAGGCUGUCUCACUUUGCCUCCCUCAUGAAGAGCAGGGGUGUGCCUUCUAACACCAUGAAACCGGAGUACUGUCUCCAGAACGAUGGGAAGUGUGUUCUACCAGAAAGUAAAAGUAGUUCCCUAAAAACGGUGAUCUGUCCUGUACUCGUGAUCUUCACUGCAGUCUUACUGUUGGCAUUUUAGUUUCCAGAGAAGACAUUUUGGAGAGGAAAUUUUUUUAAUAAAAGCAUUAAUCUUUGAUGCACGAUUUAUGAAGAGAAUCUCUUUUCGAUGAGACAUAAGUCCUGAUAUAAUCUAUUAUCGUUGAGACAUUUUACAUUACCAUAUAUACAUAUUGAGGACGGAUUCAUCCGAAUAUAUUUGAUUUUUAUACGAAUGAUCUAUCAAUAUUACCACGUACAGUCUAUAUUGCAUCUUAGACCCUAGCUAGAUGGUACGGAUGAGAUUAGUAAAUAUUGUUGAGGGUAGAAAGCAGUUUUUUAUGUCAACAAAUUUGUCAGAGAUUAAUUCUUCUACCUUAGAGGAAUUGCAUCGAUCGGAAGCGAACCAUUUCUGAGCUCUUGAUUUA